UUUGAUGAUUGAUGAUGAAUUAACUAAUAUUUCAUCAUCAUCAUCAUCAUCAGCAUCAGCAUCAACAUUAUCCAAUACAGAGAUUGAUGAAAAAAAAUAUAAAAUGUUACAUGGAGAAUAUGUUGCUACCACCACCACCACCACCACCAACAACAACAACAACAACAUUACCACCAUGGCUAACAAUAAUAAUACUGUAUAUCAUAAUCAUCCACUUUUUAGACAUGAAAUGCCAUCAACAGUUAUUCAUUAUGGACAAAUACAGCUUCCAGCAAUGAUACAGAAAAAUAAUAAUUUACACACAUCGAAUGAAACGAUGAAUGUACGGCAACAACAACAACAACAGCAGCAACAUGAACAUCAUCUUUCUCAUAGUCAAAAUCAUCAUUCACAGCCAUCGUCACAUUCUCAAAUCGUCAACGAUACAACAUUGGAUUUAGAACAGCUUUAUGAACAACAAUUUGGUAUUCAACGAUAUCGAUCGCGACGUAAUCGAACAACAUAUAAUGCCGAACAAUUGGUUCAUUUGGAAGGAGCAUUUCAAAUAACACAUUAUCCCGAUGUUAAUAUGCGUGAAGAUUUAGCUAGUAAAUUGAAUCUUACCGAAUCACGUGUACAAGUUUGGUUUCAAAAUCGACGUGCUAAAUGGCGUAAAAUACAGGAUAAAAAUCCACAAAAAAGAGGUGGUGGUAAGUGUAGAGGAAAACGAAGAUAUCAAUCACCAGAUGAUGAUGAUGACGAUGAAGAUGAUGAUGAUGAUAAUGAUGAAAAUGAAUGUCAACAAACACAACGACAACAACAACGUCCACAUUCACAACCGAUACCGAAAUCUCGUUACGAAAAUAAUGAUUAUUUAUUUAAUAAUGGUCAAUUUUUUCAAAGUCAUUCAAUGCCACAGAUGAUCAUCAAUAAUAAUAAUGAUGAAAAUUUGUCAUCAAAAGAUUCAAUGUCAAUGUUACAACAGAUGGAACAUAUUCAUCACCCAGUAGCUUCCACUAAUAAUAAUAUUUCAUUAUCAUCAAUUUUAAAAAGUGCUGGAAUUAUAGGCGAAAUCGAUGUUGUUAAUAGUGGUGAUAAUAAUGACAAUGAUGUGACAAUCAUUGACAACAAAGGUCCAUUCUCUUCAACAUCCACCAUGAAUAAUGAUAAUGAUGAUGAUAUAAUCAAAAUUGAAAAUGAAGAUAAAGUGAAGAAUCGAAUUCAAAAUUCAAAUGAAAAUGAUGAUGACGACCAGGAUAAAGAAGUUCACACCAUCAAUAACAACACUAUCGAACAUACUGAUGCAACAUUGAAUGGAUGUUACAAUGAUGAAAUUAAUGUUUAUCAACAACAAAAUUUGGAACAACAACAACAGACGAUGGCAAUUUAUGAAUAUCCAUCGUUAUCAACAACACAAAAAAUGAUGGUAAAUGAAAAUUUAUCAUCAUCAUCAUCAUCACAAGAGCAACAGCAGAAACAACAGCAUCAGGAAUAUUAUUUAAAUUAUAUUCCAAAUAAUAAUUAUUAUAAUAAUCAUCAGCAUUAUCAUAAUCCGUAUCAGCCAAAUUAUACAUUAUCAAUGAAUGUUCCAACGUCAUCCGGUUCAUUUAAUUGGUAUAACCAUCAUAAUCAUCAUUAUCAACAACAACAACAACAUAAUCAUCCACAUCAUCAUCAAAUCAUACCUUCUAAUACCCCGCUUAACGCUGCCCCGUUUAGCGCUGAUUCGAUAUAA